AUGCUUCGCUCCCCUCAGGGGCUGGGCCUGACUCCCCCUUUGCUCUUGUCUUGCUGUGCCAAGGCCUCCAGCUUCAAGAAGCCCUCCCUGGGCUCCACGAGCCAGAGGAAGAAGGCAAGUCCCAAGCUGGAGCUGAUGGAGGAGCAGAGGCAGGAGAUCCAAGAGGCCUUCGACCUGUUUGACACCGACGGCACCGGGAGCAUCGACGUGAAGGAGCUGAAGGUGGCCAUGAGAGCACUCGGGUUUGAACCUAAAAAAGAAGAGAUCAAGAAAAUGAUAUCUGAUAUUGAUAAGGAAGGAACAGGGAAAAUCAGCUUCAGUGACUUCUUGGCAGUGAUGACCCAGAAAAUGGCUGAAAAAGAUUCCAAAGAGGAGAUUCUCAAAGCUUUCAAGCUCUUUGAUGACGAUGAAACUGGCAAAAUCUCCUUCAAAAACCUCAAGCGCGUCGCCAAAGAACUGGGGGAGAAUCUCACAGAUGAGGAGCUGCAGGAGAUGAUUGACGAGGCAGACAGAGAUGGGGAUGGGGAAGUGAACCAGCAGGAGUUCUUGCGGAUCAUGAAGAAGACCAGCCUCUACUGA